GCGCAGAUCGGGACACGUCGGCCUUCCUGCACCGCACCGCACCGCAUCGACCUCGGUCUCUCGUCCCCGUCUCGUCUCCUCCCCCUCGCCUUCCUUCCGUCCUCCGCUCCAACCGCGGCUUCCCUCGAGAGAUCCGGCGGGCGCCCAGGGUGCGGCUACCCUUCGCGCGGCAUGGGGCUCUGGGACUCGCUCCUCAACUGGCUCCGAAGCUUGUUUUUUAAGCAGGAGAUGGAACUCUCCCUAGUUGGGCUGCAGAAUGCUGGGAAGACAUCUCUAGUCAAUGCCGUUGCUACAGGUGGCUACAGCGAGGACAUGAUUCCAACUGUAGGCUUUAAUAUGCGGAAAGUCACCAAGGGAAACGUCACAAUUAAACUUUGGGAUCUUGGUGGGCAACGGAGAUUCCGGACUAUGUGGGAGCGCUACUGCCGUGGAGUUUCUGCUAUUCUAUAUGUGGUGGAUGCUGCUGAUCGAGAUAGUGUUCCAAUAGCUAAAAGUGAAUUGCAUGACCUGUUGACGAAACAGUCUUUAACUGGGAUUCCCUUGCUUGUCCUUGGCAACAAAAUUGACAAGUCAGAAGCGCUUUCAAAACAGGCAUUGGUUGACCAACUGGGAUUGGAAUUUAUAAAAGACCGUGAAGUUUGUUGCUACAUGAUCUCCUGUAAGGACUCUGUGAACAUAGAUGUCGUCAUCGACUGGCUUAUCAAGCACUCUAGAACAGCAAAGUAGGGUUUUUUUGUGUGUUUGUAUCACUUGAUGCACGGUGAUUUGAAUUUACCUCUGAGUCCCCACUCCCCAGUGUCCUGGUCCACAAGUUAAAAGUGACCACCUUGUAAUCUAUUAGCUCUUUGGCGUCGCCGACAAACAGUAUGGUGUCUAGCACUUGAGCAUCAGAACCUUGUAUUCCUUUGUAAAUUCCUUGAAUCUUUGAUUAUUCUUUAUUGUGGA